ACUCAACUUCCCAAACACUGUCGUGUGUGUGGGAAGCACUGCAGUAGUGGGGAGAGCAAGUACAGUGUUAGAGCACACACAUCAGAUCUUCUGGCUGUCUAUGGUGUCUUGGCUGAGAGAGAUGAUCCUGCGAUUCACCCGCCAGAAUUCUGCCAUGCUUGCUACUGCAAAAUGAAGUGA